UAAUGGUGAAGAAAAAACAUCAUAACAAACGAAGAAUAAGAAAAUACUCAAAAUGAAUGGUUGUACGAUCUUCUUUUUUAUGUUUUUUUACCUUUUUUGUCGACGAAUGGUGGUGGUUGUAGAAUCCCUGUUAUCAAAUGUCAAGAUUGCGACUGCACUGGUAAAAUGUGUCAAAAAUAUUUUCCAGGAUUGAAGGUGGUAUGGCCAGAACUAAAAGGAGUAAGUGCAAUUGAAGCAAAGAGAAAAGUAGAAAGUGAUAAUCCACAUGUUACUGGGAUUAUAGUUCCGGAUGACACUGCUGUGAUAUUCGUCAAUUGUUGUAACCGUGUCCUUCUAAGCGUUUCCGCCAAUAACUGUCCCAAUGGUCCUGUCCUUAACAUUCCUCAAAUGGGAUGAUAAUGUUGUGUAAUACUUUUAC